AUGUUCACCGACAUGGAGUCUCUCAAGAACAAGUUCGUGAAGGGCCAAAUGUUGGAUGGCCGCUUCCGAACAGUCGCCCCGCUGAACCAGGGUUCAUUUGGGAUGGUCUUCCUUGCCAAGGACACCCUUACCGACCAGGAUGUCGCCAUCAAGUGCUUGCCCAAGAGUGCGUCUUCUGAUUCCUCGGAUCCUUUCCCAAUGGACGAUCGAUUUGAGGAACUGGAGUGUCAUCGCCGCUUUGGCUCCCACCCGAACUUGGUCAACCUGGUCCACUCCUUCGAGACUGAUACCCAUAUGUACUUGGUUUUGGAGUUCUGUGCCAAUGGUGACCUGUACGAAGCUAUCCGCCUGAACCGUGGUCCCUUGGAGACUGAGCAUGUUCGUGACUUCAUGCUGCAGUUUGUUGACGCGGUCGCCUUUAUGCACAGCAAGGGCCUCUAUCACCGUGAUAUUAAGCCUGAGAAUAUUUUCCUCAUGUCUGAUAGCUCGAUGAAACUGGGUGACUUUGGUCUUGCGACCCGAGACUCCUGGUCCUACGAGGCCUGCGUCGGUAGCGACCGGUACAUGGCCCCUGAGCAGUAUGACCCGCCCAGCUCGGGCUACUCUCCUGCUCAGGCUGACAUUUGGUCCAUUGGCAUUUGUUUGCUGAACAUUCUGUUCUCUCGCAACCCCUUUAUCACACCCACGGUUUCCGAUGUGCUGUUCUCGGACUACGUUCGUGAUCGUCAGUCACUGUUCGACAUCUUCCCCAAUAUGUCUCAGGAUACCUACGACAUCCUGACUCAUUCGUUGUCCAUUGACCCAGAGAAGCGCUCCUUGUCAGAGCUGCGCCAGGGCAUUGUCCGCGCUGUUUUGUUCACCACUGAUGAUGAGUCUUUGGAUGAGUUCUGCACCGAGGACCGUGAUGAGGUUGUGCCUGCGACUGCCAAUCGUGAGCCCCUGCGCACUCCCUCCAUCCAGAGCCCCCAUGUCAACCAUGGUGAUUCGUUCCCCUGGGCCAAGCUCUUGCACUCGAGCCCCCAGCAACAUACCCGACAGCUCUCUGCCAUUCCCGACAACGAGAGCUAUUCCGAGGAUCUCUUCCCCGCUUCCGAAGUGGCUGGCACCUCGUGGUUCUCGACUCAUGAAGCCCCCUCGAUGGCCUCCGUUAUCGAGUCUGCCAUGAGCGAGUCUUUCACCUCGCUUCACCUUCCUCAGCAGAAGCGUCCCAUGCUUGCUCGUUCUGAUCCCGUUCCCAUUACUGGGUCUCUUCCUAGUCAUGCCACGAAGCCUCUGCCAUCUCUGGCGAUGGUUUUUGGCAAGAAGAACACCCAGGAUCAGAUCUCCAAGAGCUGGAGUGAUCUUUGGGAAGAGGAGGAGUCAGAGAACGAAGAUCAUGACCUCCAGCAGCGCCGUGAGCAGAACUCUCGCAGCUGGAGUCAUGAGAGCCAGGAUACCCGCUUGCCGGAUAACCUGUCGGGACUGCGCGAGCUGGACUCCGCUGUUCCCAUUGAUCGCUCCAAUACUCCGGUCAUCUCAUCAACUGCCCCGCAAGCCAUUCGCGCCACCCCCUUGGACGUCGAUAGCAACGCCGGAAGCUCGAGCAGCACCCCUCGUCCCAUUCCCCGCCAAUUGUCGCCAAAGAAGUCCAAUCUUGACAAGUGGUCCGAGUUGGGUAACAAGCGUCGCAACUGCAAGACUCGCGAGCCUUUCAAUCCCCAGCACGCCACCGGUACCUGGCGACGUGACUGGGGUAUGGGGUCUUCCGGGUUCGAUCAGGCCGCUCGUACUAAGCGCGAAUCGCCUCAGAUCGAUCGCCGUCGGCAGUACUUCCUCGCUAAGGACUGGCGCAGUGACGCUGCACACGCUCCUAAGGGCUCUCCUCGCAAGCAUUCUACCUACGAUGGUAGCAUUGAUGAAGACCUCGACCUCGUUGGUGGCUGGCACGAUUUACACCUGUAG